AUGCGUUUUGGGGACAAUUAUGUCCUGCAGGACGUGUUGAAAACAUUUGUGGAAUUCUACAACGGACUUCCUUUUAAUAUAAAACUUUAUUCUAAUCUAAUCUAUCUAUCUAUCUAUCUAUCUAUCUAUCUAUCUAUCUAUCUAUCUAUCUUAUUCUCUUCAUAUCUAUCUAUCUAUCUAUCAAAAUCAUUUGGCUCUCUAUCUAUCUAUCUAUCUAUCUAUCUUAUUCUCUUCAUAUCUAUCUGUCCAUCCGAUUGUCUUUCUGUCUACCAGAUUCUCUUUAUAUCUAUCUAUCUAUCUAUCUAUCUAUCUAUCUAUCUAUUUAUCUAUCUAUCUAUCUAUCUAUCUUAUUCUCUGCAUAUCUAUGUAAUUCGCUUCAUAUCUAUCUAUCUAUCUAUCUAUCUAUCUAUCUAUCUAUCUAUCUAUCUAUCUAUCUAUCUAUCUCAUGUUUAUCAGCGUAUAGAGCGAAGUCUAUCUACCGAUUCUGAAUCCUGUGUCCUGGAUUAUCUAUCUAUCUAUCUAUCUAUCAUAUUCUCUUUAUAUCUAUCUAUCUAUCUAUCUAUCUAUCUAUCUAUCUAUCUAUCUAUAUAUAUAUAUAUAUAUUCUUUCACAUAA